AUGCCUUUACAGAAUGCUUCGAUCAGAGUAACUGCAUUUAUUAUUGGUGGUUUCGACGCGACCAAAGGGCCUCUGGUCGUCGGUGCGGUUAUAUUGAUUGUCUAUGUUCUUGCCAUUCUAGCCAAUAUUGUAAAUAUCCUCUUCAUUAUUUUGGACAAGAGAUUACACAAACCAAUGUAUCUUCUCAUUUGCAACCUUGCUCUUGUUGAUAUUCUGUACACCUCCAGCGCCAGCCCCACAAUGAUUGGGGUUCUGCUCGCUGGCGUUAAGACGAUAGCCUAUGUGCCGUGCCUGCUUCAGAUGUUUGCCUUCCAUUUGGGCGGAGUGAUGGAGAUGUUUGCGUUGGCAGUUAUGGCGUUCGAUAGACUGGUUGCGAUUAGCUACCCUUUUCAGUACCACAGCUACCUGACAAACGUGCGCACUCUCGGGCUCACGUGUGCCCUGUGGAUUGUUGCCUGUGGUUUUGUGGCUGUCUUGCCUGCAACCCUGCUUCCCCUCCCUCACUGCUACUCAAAGCUGAGGUACACUUUCUGUGACUAUGCUGCCAUCAUGAGAACUACCUGUGUUGACCCCAGAUACUAUUUCAACCUGAUUACCAUCAUAUUGUUCUUUCUUUUGUUUUUCACCUUCAUCUUUAUUUGCCUGUCCUAUCUCGGGAUCAUCCUUUUUGUGAAAUUAUCCUCGAAUAAUGACAAAAGAAAAAUGGGCAGCACCUGCUUGAGUCACCUGAUCGUGGUUGUGUGUUACUACCUUCCGGUAUUUAUCCGCGUUGUGCUGACCAGGUUAGGUGUGGUAUUAACUCUUGAGGCACGCCAUGGCUUAAUGAUCGGCGCCAUCCUCGGCCCGUCUCUCGUAAAUCCUUUUGUGUACUGUCUCAGGACAAAAGAAAUUAAAUGUAAGAUCUCUAACGGGUUCAAAAAAGUUGAGACGUCUCACUAG